AUGGCUGAUACAGGCGUCGGCUUUGCCAUUCCUGUGGGCCAGGUGCGCAGAUUCAUCGAGGUCGCUUUGAAAGCUGUGGCGUCGACUUCUCCAUCUGCACCUCCACCUUCCAGAAUACCUGCUAUUCCUUGGAGGGCGCGAGUCUUCAGUGGAGCUGGUGAACAACAAAGCCGUUACCUUGGCUUAGUUGUGCAUACUGUCACUUCUGAAUUGAUUGCUGAGUUGAAGGCCUGCCGUCCGCAAAGCUUGGACCUCAACGGGUUAGCUGAAGGCGUGUUUAUCUUCUCCGUUAAUCCAGGUUCUCCGGCUGCAAAGUAA